CGCUCAUCACAUCGCAGUGUGACAGAUCUGUAUGUCCUUCACUGAUGUUCAUGGCGUGCUUUGAAUUUCCCGCACAAUAAAUGUGGCAGUUUUUUAACUUUGGAGCAGUGGGUUUAAAAUCUCUUCAGCAGAGCUCUGGAACAGGAGUAAAUUGAAGUUUUAAGCUUAUAAAGAGCGUUUGAUUUCCAUUCAUCCUUUAUUUGGUGUCUUUUAUCACGUAUCUGUUUUUAGCGCAUAUCCAAAAUGACGGAGUUUGAGAUCGACGUAGAGGGCCUGGAAACAGAGAGCGACGAUCAGGCGACGUUUACGGGUACAGGAGACGACGACGCGGGCACCAAAGACGAUGACAAACCCAGCAGCUUAAACCUCACAUCUGGAGACCAGCGCAAACUGAGCCGCACACCCAAGUGCGCGCGGUGUCGUAACCAUGGCGUGGUGUCUUGUCUGAAGGGCCACAAGCGCUUCUGCCGCUGGAGAGACUGUCAGUGCGCUAACUGCCUGCUGGUCGUGGAGAGACAGCGCGUUAUGGCUGCGCAAGUAGCCCUGCGAAGACAACAAGCGACAGAGGACAAGAAGGGGAUUUCUGGAAAGCAAAUACCAGUGGAAAGACGAGCUAUCUAUCAAAGACACAUCCGUCCAUCCACUAUGCUGGCUAAAAGUAUUUUAGAAGGAUAUCGUCCAGUGCAAAGCGAUCCAUUUCUGUGUGCCAAUCCUGCUUUGCCCCCUCCUCUAAGUGACCGCAUGAGGAAGAGACGAGCCUUUGCUGACAAGGAGCUGGAGACAAUAAUGCUGGAACGAGAGUAUAAAGAACGGGAACUUCUCGAGUCCAGCCAGUCAUCCUCCGCCUCACUCUUCCUGCCUGGCAGCAUGGUCCAUGCCGCUGAGUAUAAUUCCUACAAGACAGCCUUCUCAUCCUCCUCUGGCCCUUCUGCGGUUGAGCCCAAUUCCAAGGAUCUUUGCAACUUCCUGCCUGGCUGCCUGGACCUCUCCCUGCAGUAUGCCGCCUCAGGUGGGGCGGCCGCGAACGUGGAGCUCAUCUCCUCCAACGUAAGCGUAGCCACCACCUAUCGGCAAUACCCACUCUCACCUCGCUUUGUGAUGUGGCCACGGGGCAGCAGCAAUAUUAGUGAUGCCCUGUUAUACCAGCAGUGUCUCCUUAAUGCCACGGCUGUCCAGAACAUGAAACCUGGAGCUGUUUGGGACCCAAAGAUGAUGACUUCCACCGAGAGCCAUCCGCCGGAGCAGGAGGGUGCAGCAUCCAGGAUUGAGGGAUCUCGAGUGCCUCCGGAGCCAUGUGACCUCCAGACAGGGGAGGCUCAGACAGGACUUGGGCAGAACGGAAGUGCCCGUUCGGCCUUCUCGCCUCUUAAGAGAGCGUACGGACAAACUUUUUCAAAUGUACCUGCGCAUCCAGGCAGCCACGAGCAUGUACUCAACAUCAAAGACGCUGGCAAGCAUACGUUGUCCACGAAGCUCAACUCCUUUCAUUCCCUCAUACAACAGAAAUUAAACGAAAAAAAUCAAGAAGUAAAUGGGCCGUACUGUAAGGAACUGCUGGAGGAAGCGGCCAAAAAGUUUAGAGAGGGAACAGCCAAAGACACAGUCAGAUUCAAAAGCUCGGAGAGGGCGGUAAAGGACUUUGUAGUAAAGCCACGGAGCACCAAAGUUUCCACAGGAGAGGCUCUGUCAUUCUCAGUGGAGGCCAUAUUAAAAAGACCUUCGCUUUCUUUAAAUCGGACAUCCCAGUAAGACUUAAGAAUACAAAUCUCAGAUGUACAUGCUAACUUGAGUACUGAUUGUAUAUUUAUUUACAUACUUUAUUUGAUAAAGGAUAGUGAUCAGCAAUUUGGAGGGAAAAAAACAAGCUUUAAUCUAAGCAGCAUCUAAAACAAAAUGUGCUGCUCUUUUGACGCUUCUGUAUAUUUAAAAAUGUACAUAUAUUAGACGUGCAUGUUGUGCAUUGUUAUACAUCAUAAUGUAUAGAGUAUUUAAAUGUAAAUGCUAAUUUUUUAAAGGUGACAAUAAAAUGAAUUUUUAAAUAAAAUAACAUUUGUAAAUGUGAUAUUUUAAAUAAUUGUAUUCAGCAGAAUUUUAAUCAGUAAUAAAGAUAAUAAUCUAUAACUUAAAAUUAUUGGUGGAUAACUGUAAUAGAAUAGGAGAUUAA